GUACUAAAAGACUUUAAGACAAAACCCUAGCUUCCCAUUGUAUGAACAAAUCCCGCAACAAAAUCCGAUCUCUGCCGUCACCUAUCUUAAUCCAACGGUCCACAUCAGUCUCCCUUUCCCCUAGCUUAUUAUCACUCCAUUUAGCUCUUCACUAUAUUUUCUUUCAUAAACACUCACAAAAUCAUACAAAAUGGCCAAAAUUAAUCAUCAAACAUCAUUCAAUCUCCAAGAUUUUUCAUUUUGAAUCGACCCAUCUUAAAAUCUUUGAAAAAAAAGCAUACCCAGACAAAAAAGUUUCAAACUUUAGGAUUUUUUUCUACCAAUUUUGUAAAAAAUUGUGAUGGGUUUUUAGGUAACAAGAUUUUAAAGUGGUUGGUUUUAGAGAUUUAGUGAUACCCAGCUGAAAAAGAUUUGAUUUUGAUUGAAUGCUAUAUAUUUAUAUCUAUAUAUCUGUAUCUAUAUAUAUAUGAUCAGUGAUAUUGGCUAUAUAAAGAUGAUGAGUGAUAUGGGAAUGAGAUCACUGGUUUCAAAUAAUGAAGAAUUAGGGUUUUUGUUAAGGGAAAAACGUAGGCAAGAAGUUAGUGGUAGUUCAAGUAGUAGUGAUCCUGAAAUGGAGAUGAAUAUGUAUAGAAGUGGGUCGGCUCCACCGACCGUAGAAGGAUCGUUGAGUGCGGUUUCCGGGUUAUUUGAUGGUGGUAUUUCUGAGGAUGAGUUAAGGUCUGAUCCUGCUUAUGUUAGUUAUUACUAUGCUAAUGUGAAUUUGAACCCUAGGCUGCCACCGCCUUUGCUGUCGAAGGAAGAUUGGCGGUUUUCGCAGAGAAUGCAGGGUGGGAAUGGGAAUGGGAAUGGGAGUUCUGCAAUUGGGGAUAGGAGGAAAGUGGGUAGAGAUAGUGGGAAUGAGAGUAUGACAAUGUUCGGUAGUGGGGUUAGUGAGGCGAGGAACGGUCAAGGUGGUGGUGGUGGAAAUAGUUCGGUCGAGUGGGGUGGAAAUGGGCUUAUCGGGUUGCCAGGGUUAGGGUUAGGGAGUAGGCAAAAGAGCAUUGCUGAGAUCAUUCAGGAUGAUAUUGGUCAAACUACUUCUGUUUCUAGGCAGCCAUCUCGUCCAGCCAGCCGUAACACAUUUGAUGAAAAUGUUGACCUUUCAGAGUCUCAUUUUGCUCAGCUUCAUCACAAUUUGGCUUCUAUGGAUGCUUUACGAUCCAGCCCAAACCAUCAAGGAAUGUCAUCUGGUUCACACACUUAUGCUUCGGCUCUUGGUGCAUCUUUAUCUAAAAGCACCACCCCUGACCCGCAGCUCAUGGCUCGAUCAGCUAGCCCUCGGGUUUCUGCUGGUGGAGGGGGGAGGAUUAAUGCGCCUUCAGAUUUAAUUGCUGGGUUUUCUGGAAUGACUCUUUCAGCUAAUGGUAUGGCAGAUGGAAUCCAAAAUGCCUCCCAUUUGGCUAAAGGACCGUAUCAGUAUAUGGGAAAAAAUGGUGUACUUGCUGCUGAUGCUCAUGGAUCGCCAGUGAAUUCGUAUAUUAAAGGGCUAGCCAGCGGUGGAGGUGGUUCUCCUCAAUACCAGAAUCAUGAUAGUCCAAGUUCAUCUUUUUAUGGCAGUUAUAUGAUGAAUCCAGCAUCACCAACCAUGUUGGCAAACCAGAUAGGCGGUGUUAAUGCACCACCUUUAUUUGACAAUAGUGCUGUUGCAGCGGCAAUGGGUGUCUCCGCCAUGGAUUCUAGAGCAAUGGGUGGAGGGUUUGGUUUAGGAUCUAAUAGAGUUGGAAACCACAGCCCCACUGGUCUUCAGGCACCUCUUAUGGACCCGCUGUAUCUUCAAAACUUGAGUGAAUAUGCUGCGGCUCUGAAUGAUACAACAAUUGAUAGGGAAUUAGUGGCACUCCAGAAAGCUUACCUGGCUGGUUUGCUAUCUCCUCAAAAGAGUCAAUACGGUCUUAGCCAUGGUUACUAUGGAAACUCUGGUUAUGGUCUUGGCAUGUCGUAUCUUGGGAGCCCAUUGGGAAGCUCUCUUCUACCUAACUCGGCUAUUGGUUCUGGUAGUCCAGUUAGACAUGGUGACCGGAGCUUGAGGUUUCCUUCUGGGAUUCGUAAUUUAGUUGGAAGUGAAAGUUUUGCUUCUUCUUUGCUAGAUGAGUUCAAAAGCAAUAAAACCAAGUGUUUCGAGCUCUCAGAAAUUAUGGGGCAUGUUGUUGAAUUCAGUGCGGAUCAAUAUGGAAGUCGUUUUAUUCAACAGAAACUUGAGACAGCUACGGUAGAAGAGAAAGACAUGGUGUUCAAUGAAAUUAUGCCACAAGCAUUUUCACUGAUGACGGAUGUAUUUGGUAAUUAUGUCAUUCAGAAGUUUUUUGAACAUGGAAGUGCUUCUCAGAUAAGAGAACUAGCUGAGCAGCUCGACGGGCAUGUUCUAACACUUAGUCUUCAAAUGUAUGGUUGUCGCGUUAUUCAAAAGGCUAUUGAGGUUGUUGACCUUGAUCAACAGACAAAAAUGGUUGUAGAGCUUGAUGGUCAUGUGAUGCGUUGUGUGCAUGAUCAAAAUGGAAAUCAUGUUAUUCAGAAGUGUAUUGAAUGUGUACCGGAAGAGGCUAUUCAUUUCAUUAUCUCUACAUUUUAUGAUCAAGUUGUUAAAUUGUCAACCCAUCCUUAUGGUUGCCGUGUCAUACAGAGGGUCUUGGAGCACUGUCACAACCCUAAAACACAAAGCAUUGUGAUGGAUGAAAUCUUGAAAUCUAUUAUCAUGCUGGCGCAAGAUCAAUAUGGAAAUUAUGUUGUUCAGCAUGUACUGGAACAUGGAAAGCCACAUGAGCGUACAACUAUUAUAGAUCAAUUAACCGGGCAGAUAGUUCAAAUGAGUCAACAAAAGUUUGCCUCUAAUGUUGUUGAAAAGUGUUUGACUUUUGGUACACCAGAGGAACGCCAGACCCUGGUGACAGAGAUGCUAGGCACCACUGAUGAAAAUGAACCACUUCAGGUGAUGAUGAAAGAUCAGUUUGCUAAUUACGUUGUGCAGAAAGUUUUGGAGACAUGUGAUGACCAGCAACUUGAGAUGAUUCUUAAUCGUAUCAAGGUUCAUUUGAAUGCUCUGAAGAAAUAUACUUACGGGAAACAUAUAGUUGCUCGUGUAGAGAAACUUGUUGCUGCUGGAGAAAGGAGGAUUGGGGCUCUGGCUGGAUAUGCUGCUGCCGCCGCUGCGGCUGCUGCUGCCGCUGCUGAUAAUAACGGUACUACUUAAUAUAAAGACCAAGGGAGUUGUACAGCUAACUGAGUGGCGAGAAUGGUCGGUUUGUGUUUGUUGGUUCGUUUUAACAUCCAGCUGAGUCGCUUUUGCUAAUAAAAAUGGUUUGUAGCUAUGAAACUUGUACAUUGGUAGAUAUAUAUACCUAGGACUCGAGUCUUUAGACGAGGCUCAAAGGGUGAAAUACACCCAAGGCCGCCCCCGUUGCAGAGAUUAAAACGAAGUUAGCGUUUGUGUAUGUUAUGAGUGUCGUGACUGUACAAAAAUAUAGCCGGGUGCAGCAGAGCCUUAUGGUGUAUUAGGAGUUUCCGAAGUUCUCAUUUUCCUUUGUAUGGAUUUUAUGGUUAUGUUUAUCUAGUGGAACUAUGUUUAAACUUGA